UUAGUGACUGGUAAAAAAUCUGCAGGAAAAUGGGUUCUCGAUCCUUCUAUAAUACCGCGACUAAAUUCGCCCGAAUUAGAAAAUCAGAGAAGCGCAAAGAGAAAUCACGCGAAGCUGCACGAUAUCGUCGCAGCCAGGAAGUGGAAACUUUUAACGAUUUGGCAAAUCUACUGCCAAUAUCCAGCAGCCUCACCUCUCAGUUGGACAAGGCUUCCAUCAUGAGGCUUACCAUCGCUUUUCUCAAAGUGCAGUCCCUACUGGACAACAGUGUGCAAGAACUGUUCAGUAUGUUAAAUGAGAACCAAUGUUCGAUGGCUGAUGCUUGCUGGCCACAAGCCCUUGGUGGCAUGUUAUUGGCGCUAUCCUCCAAGGGGGAUAUUGUCUACCUGACUGAGAACGUGACGCAGGAACUUGGUCUUUUACAGAUGGAUUUGAUUGGACAAAGCAUUUACGACUAUUGCCAUCCGUGCGACCAUGAUGAACUCCGGGAAAUCCUUGCCCUCCGUCCCGAUGGCGAUCCAGCGCGCUCCUUUUGCCUCCGCUUCAAGUCGGCGUUAAUGGCCAAAAAGCGGAGUAAAAUCAACCAAAAAGUCGUCCCAUACAAAGUUAUGAACUGUUCGGGACGCAUUAUACUGUCGACGGAAUCGAACAUUCGACUCGACUAUUCACAAGACAAAUCUUACGUGGACGAAUACGACCUAGAAGACUUGACCGACGACGAUUUGGACUCGGAAAACGACGUCAAGUCCUCCAGCAGCACGAACCAUUUUUUAGUUUUGAUUGUAGAUCCGAUCCCGCACCCAUCCUGCACGAAAACCCCAUUAGCUGGUUACAGUUUUCUCACCAAACACACUUUGGACAUGAAGUACACUUCUGUCGACGAAAAGAUUUACACAUUUUUGGGAUACACGCCGGAGGAUUUAAAAGGUCGUUCAGCGUACGAAUUACAUCAUGCGCAAGACAACGAAACUGUUUUGAAAAACUACAAAGCCAUGUUCGCCAAAGGGCAGAUCCAGAUUCCGCCCUAUCGAUUCCUGGCCAAACAGGGUGGUUAUGCUUGGGUGCAGACUCAAGCCACUUUGGUGGUUUACGGCCAAAAUCGACAUUUCAGAACGGAGGCGGUUGUAUGCGUCCACACUUGUCUAAGUGAAAUUCAGGAUAGCCAUCAAAUCCUACAAGCGCAAUCAUCAGCCGAUGGCCCAGUUUAGUUGUGCCGGAAAUCGAAGCUAUUUGCUAUUUGUACCUAACAAGGCCGAGAUAUGGAAAAGACAAGGACAUACAUUUCAAGGACGCCACUUUUAAUUUUUUCCCCUUUCCUUGAAAGCAUUCGUCUCUCCCCCUCUAUCAGUUGUUUGGGUUAUUUAUAUUGAGUUGUUGGUAUCAUACAGUUUUGAUACAUUUGACCUAU